ACAGCCACCCAAUCUUGAAGCUAAUGAUGGCGAGCUAAGUAAUGUGUCUAAGAAAGGGCGUCACAAAGCUCUUAAUGAUGAUUUUGCAGAUGAAAAGAAGUAUGAUGACGCUACUGCUGAGAUGAAAAGAAAGUCAAAGAUGAAGAAGGGAUCUCAUCCUUCCUUUAAAGUGAUAAAUACUGAGGGAGAAGAUAAGGCAAUUGAAGGAGAUCCAGAGAUCAGAAUUCUUACACGACCAUUUGCUUUUCGUGUGCCUGCAAUUUUAGUGCUGCUGCUACUUUUCAUCUAUUGCAUUUUAGCAUUAGCAGAAGCAUUGUCUGGUUAUGGUGUUGCCUUGGGUUCAACCGAAGUUCCUGCUCUUAUGUUUGUCUGUGGAGGGGCAAUUGGCGCAAUGCUGCUUAUGGGCUCCAUCAUCAUGGUGCUGAAGUCUGUCUUUAAAAACCAGAUUCCCUCUAAAAUAGGUUAAACUUUUUGGAUGGAAUACUAAAACAAUGACUUUCUCGUACAAUGCUAAGUCACACUUAUCGGUGACUUUCUUUUUCGUUUUAUUCAAUGUGCUCGUGAACUUAUUAGCUUGUAAUUGCCGAUGGAAUGAAAUUGAGAACCAAUUUCUUCCCCAUCUUUCUUUGUAAGAAUUUUUUAGAUCAUUUCUAUAG